AUGGCGAUUAGAUCUAACGUUUUCAACAAUUACCUAUCUAGGACAACAGAUGGGCCAGCAUUUCUGCAUCGAGUUUUGCCAAAGUCGGUAGUAGAAUCGCUAAAACGAGGCGAGGCUGUGAAAGCGGAGAGUUUCGACUCUGUCACGAUUUAUUUCAGUGACAUUGUCGGUUCAGCCGUUAGCACUCCGUUGCAGGUGGUCGGUCUAAUCAACGAGCUUUGCACUUUGUUCGAUUCCAUCCUGGAAAAUUAUGAUGCAUACAAAGUGGAAACAAUCGGUGACGCUUACAUGGUGACCAGCGGUUUGCCCAUUCGUAUCGGUGACCAUCACGCCGCUGAAAGCGCUUCACUGGCGCUUCACCUCUCGGAGAUUAGCAACUUCCACAUUCGACAUCAACCUGGAAAAACGCUGAAACUACGCAUUGGCAUCCAUUCUAAUUCAGGUCCUUGCGUUGCUGGAGUGGUUUAAUUGAAAAUGCCUCGAUAUUGCCUCUUUGGUGACGUGGUUAACACAGCAUCUCGGAUGGAAUCAUCCGAACAAGCUCUUCGUAUUCAUAUUUCUGCAGCUACCAAAGAGCUUUUGAAUAGGUUAGUUGGCUAUAUCAUUGAAGAACGCAAAAUGACAUACAUCCGAGCACAAUGAUUCAAAAGUGCUGGAUCAGCAAUACUAAGUAUCUUUUCCCCGUCU